CGCUCCUCCUCCAGUGUUGUUCAACGGUUUCAGUUUCUUGAGAAUCGGGUGCGCAUCCAAAAAUGGGUGCCACAUUGGACACCCCAGCUAGAGUUCGGGCUUCUGUGUCAUGUUCUGUGUGCCCACUGUGCCAUAAUGAAUGCAAGAAACCGACAACUCUGAGGUGUAGGCACCGCUUCUGCGAGGGAUGUAUCGGCGAGUUAUGGAGCGGGUCACAGUCGGGACCUUAUUACUGCCCCGAAUGCAAACAAGAGUACAGGAAGUUAAAUGAGGCGGUUUGGGAUACGGAAGCAUCAUCGGCUGGCAGACGUUCUUCGGGUUGGAGAGAUAGGCUUUCCUCCCGCGCCUCCAACAGUCUUCUGGGCAAGAGAGGUAACUCCAGUAUCCCUCAGCAGCAAGCAGUCGGCCAGAGGCUAGGGGCAUCUCCUACUACAAACGGAGCAGAGGGCGAUUGCUUUGAGUAUCUUGAUGGUUACUCUCCUCCACGUAAGAAAGCACAUCCCAGCAGUAAUGCAUCUCCACCAAAGAACCAUGGCUCUGCUAGAAGGCCAUCCACAAACAGGGACUCGGCACCUUUGGAAGGGACGUCUGCUGACGUGUGGGGCUCCAAUCAAAACCCAGUCCCAGUCAGUGAUGAAAGUGAGGAGGAGGAGGUCCACGUUAGGAGUGGUGCCUCCCCAGCCGGCCAAACACCAGUGGCAGCAGAAACACUAGAUGGGCCCGCAUUGGAGUCCCCGGAGUCCUCUCCAGUGUCCACCCCGACUGAGAAGAUAUCCCCAAAGUCCACGACACCCGCAAUGGACAUCCCUCCAUCGUCCAGAUCACCCCAUGUUGGCGGGUCACCUCGUGUUAGCGGGUCACCCCGUGUUGGCGGUUCACCCCGUGUUAGUGGGUCACCACGACUUGGUGGGUCACCCCAGGCGACCGGCUCACCGCUCACUGCCGGUCAGCGGCCCUCACCCCGCAACGAGUCUCCGUCGGCCACAUCUGCUGCCCCGGACCCUGAAACGGCCUCUGCCCACAGGCCUGUCCUCUGCCACUACUGCUCCGGCCAGGAGCAAAGACCUGCGGUCAAGACCUGCCUGCAGUGCGGAGCGUCCAUGUGCGCCGACCACCUGCGCAUCCACCUCGAGUCGCCGGUGUUCCAGGGCCACCCGCUGGUGCCGGCCGUGAACGACGUGUCGCCCUGGAGGUGCCAGGAGCACCAGGAGAUGAACCGCAUCUACUGCCGGCCGUGCGCCAUGUGCGUGUGCACCGUGUGCACGGUGAUCGGCUCGCACCGCGACCACGCCUGCAUCAGCAUCAAGGAGGCCGAGAAGGAGCUGAGGGGUAAAAUGAAAGAAGAGAUAAAGAAGUUACAGGAACAUGAAAACGCGGUUAUGUCCAGAAAAGAUGAACUUCUAAAAAAGAAACAGGCAUUCCAGGAGAUUCUAGACGAGGCCCAGGCCAAUGUGCGGAACCAGUACCAGGCCAUGCGGGAGGCCCUGGACCAGGAGGAGCAGCAGGCCCUGCGCUGCGUGUCCCAGGAGGAGGCCAGCAGCCUCGGAGGCGUGGAGGACCAGCUGGACCUCCUGCACGGCAGCCUGACCACCAUCCAGCACAGCGUGGACUCCCUCACCAGGCUGGCCGACGCCUCCGGGGCCCUCCGGGUGCAGGACCAGGCCUUCAUCAUGGAGUACAGCCAGGUGACCAACAGGAUUAGCGGACUCUCCAAUCCCGUGGAGGACUUGGAGGCUCCGCGGGAGGUGGACCAGGGUCGUCUGGAGUGUCUGCGGGGGUGGACGGAGAGCAGGCUGGACACGGUGGUCAUCUCACGUCCCCACAGAGACCCGUUCAGACUGAUGUACGGCAUCUCUCCAGUGCUGGACCCUGACAGCGCACACCCGAAGCUGCUGCUGUCCAUGGAGAACCGGCGGGUGACCUUCAGCGAGACGCCGCAGCCCUACCCCGAGCGGGAGGCGCGCUUCAGCUCGUUCCCGCAGGUCCUGGCCUCGGAGGCGCUGCGCGACGGCCGCUGGUACUGGGAGGUGGACGUGACGUCCGACGAGGGCCGGUGGAAGGUCGGGGUGUGCGAGGGCCAGAUCGGCCGCAAGGGCCAGAAGGACGCCAGCCGCCUGGGCUUCAACGGGCUCUCGUGGUGCCUGCUGAGCGAGGGCAAGGGCAAGGUGGAGGUGCUGCACGACAAGGCCGCGGCCGACGUGUGCACGGACGCUCCCCGCAGAGUGGGCGUGCUGCUGGACUUCCAGGAGGGCUCGCUGUCGUUCUUCAGCGUGGCUGAAGAGGGCGCUCUCACGCUGCUCUACAGCUACCAGCAUGCCUUCUCGCAGCCCCUGUAUCCGGCGCUGGCUGUGUCCAAGACCCAGCUGACCGUCUGCGACCUCUUCCAGAGUGACCAUGGCAGUGAGGAGUAGAGUCCGUGUAAUCACUUUCAAAAAUCACUUCUAUCAUUCCAAAUAUUGCUGCGAACCUCUUCCAGAGUGACGAGGGCAGUCAGGAGUAGAGUCUGUGUAAUCACUUUAAAGCCUACUUUACUCUAACAGACUUUGACAAGACAAGAUUGACAAGAUUGUAGACAAUGACAAGAUUGUAGUCUUUUAACUAAUGCCCCUCAUUCAAGCUUUACUCAAAAGACUACAAUCUUUCAAGAAUCUUUCCCAAAUCUUGUCAAAGUCUGUCAGUGUAAGGUGGGCUUUAAAAUCACUUCUAUCAUUCCAAAUAUUUGUACCAUUUCCUAAAAUGUUUUUAUGGAACCCACUUUUCCAUCUACUGGACAGACAUGCACCAUGGCUAAAGGUGUUUUUUUUAUGUCAUGCUCUUUUUAAAGUAAUAGAGAGUAGUAUCACUCAAUUUCUAUCCAUUUUUAAUUCAGUAAUAAAUCAUGUAUUUACAAAA